CCGGCAGGCUGAGGAUUCAGCGCUGCAGUUUCCGGGUUUUACCGCCUUUGUGCACACGGCACCGCACUAGACCGGUGCGGAGCGCACAAAACCAACGUGUUUCUGUUUACCUCCAGUGUUUGAACGGCUCUGGGGUGAAACACAGACACGCGUGGACGCUGAACUCGGUGUUUAUCUCAGAUUCAUGGUCAGUUUUGACCAGCCGACCGAAGUCCGGACUGUGAGGCACCAUGAGGCCUGAUUCCGGGCCGCGGCCACCUGGAACAUCCCCUCAUUCAGCAUCCACCGAUAGAUGAUGAAGGACCAGAUGGGUGCAGCCAUCCUGGCUGUGAUGUUUUCCUUUGCACUGUGCUGCGUUUGGGCUGCUUCAGAAUGCUCCCCGUCCACCACGGAGGCUCCCGGCGGCUCCCGCUCCCUGUCGGCUGCUAUCGACACCCAGAGAGCGGAGGAGAGCAGGAGGCAACACCUGGAGGCGCUGUUCCAGAGAUACGGAGAGAACGGCACCAUCUCUCUGGAAGGUCUGAAGCGUCUCUUAAGAAGCGUCGGUCUGGAUCGGAUCAGAAACAUCAUGGUGAAGCAUCAGGAACAAGCAGGCGACCACCAUCAUCAUCAUCAUCAAUUUGGCCAUCAUCAACACCACCAUCAUCAUCAUCAUCAUCACCAUGUCCAUAAAGCUAACCACAGGAACCAGACUGCUAGUCAGAACAGAACUGGGAGUUCUGACCUGCAGCUAAUUAAACCCAGUAUGGCGGCGGGUCAGGAGGUCAGAACCACGGCUGGAAACGGCGCCGGGGUUUCGGUUAAAACGAAGAAGAGAAGCUUGGAUGGAGCGAGUCCACCUGGAGACGGAGGCGCCGCCAUGAUGGCGCUGAAAGGCAGGUCGGCGGAGACGAAUGGAGAUGAUCACGACCACCAUGAACACCACCAUGGCGACCACGAUCACCACGGCGACCACGAUCACCACGGCGACCACGAUCACCACGACCACCACGAUCACCAUGGUGACCACGAUCACCAUGGCGACCACGACCACCAUGAUGAUCACGAUGACCAUCUGCAGAACCGCAGCAUGGACAGUGAAGAGUGUUUGAACGCCUCAGGUCUGCUCUUCUCCCACGGGAUGUCACAAGAAGGGGGCGUCGCCCUCAGAGACUUUGCAUACCUGUGCCCCGCCCUGCUAAACCAGAUCGACAGUGGGGCGUGCCUCCUGCACGGAGACGUCUCCCAGCAUGACCACAAAGGACAUAAACACCAUAAACAUUCUCACAAUCACCAUGGAGAUCACAAACACGCGUCAAAUAACCAGAGCGACAAUGCUGCUGGAGACAACAGCAAACACAUCGCAACAGCGUGGGUCGGCGGCUUCGUCUCCAUCACCAUCAUCAGUAUGCUGUCGCUGCUCGGCGUCGUCCUCAUCCCACUCAUGAACAAAGUUUUCUUCAAGUUCCUCCUCAGCUUCCUGGUGGCCCUGGCUGUGGGGACACUGAGUGGAGACGCCUUCCUGCACCUUAUACCUCAUUCUCAGGGAAGCCAUCACCACCACCACCAUGAGGAACCGGGUAUGGACCUUGGAGAGCAUCACAUCCAUGAAGAAAACGGGGAAGACCUUGAUGGGAUGUGGAAAGGCCUAGCUGCUCUGGGAGGCGUCUACUUCAUGUUCCUGAUUGAACACUUCCUGACGCUGGGAAAAAUGUACAAAGACAAGAAGCAGAAGAAGAAAUGGGACCAGAAUGAUAAAUCGGAUCCGGAGAAGCAGCCCGCUCUGGUGGCCAGCGAGCUGAAGCCAACUGAAGACGUGGAGACGAACGGCGCCAGCACGUUUGCCGACCACUCCAAUGACGUGGCGGAGGAGGAGCAGGUGAUGCUGACGCCACAGGUGUCCGUUGUCUCGCCGCAGAGCUACGGCCGACCCUCGGGGGACGCCGCCUACUCGGCGGAGGACUGCGAGAACAAAUGCCACUCCCACUUCCAUGACACGGUGGGCCAGGCGGACAGCAUGCACCACCACCAUCAUGACUACCACCACAUCCUGCAUCACCACCACUCCCAGAACCACCACCCACACAGCCACUCCCACUCCUACUCAGAGCAGCACUUCCAGCAGGCCGGCGUGGCCACGCUCGCCUGGAUGGUCAUCAUGGGAGAUGGGCUGCACAACUUCAGCGACGGCCUCGCCAUCGGAGCUGCUUUUACUGAGAGUCUGUCCAGCGGCCUCAGUACGUCGGUGGCUGUUUUCUGCCAUGAGCUGCCUCAUGAGUUGGGGGACUUUGCGGUGCUCCUGAAGGCGGGCAUGACGGUGAAGCAGGCCAUCCUUUACAACGCGCUGUCGGCCAUGAUGGCGUACCUUGGCAUGGUGACGGGCAUUUUAAUCGGACACUACGCUGAAAACAUCUGCAUGUGGAUCUUUGCCCUCACAGCCGGCCUCUUCAUGUAUGUGGCUCUGGUGGACAUGGUGCCAGAGAUGCUGCACAACAACGCCGGAGACCACGGCUUCAGCCACUGCGGCUUCUUCCUGCUGCAGAACGCCGGCAUCCUACUGGGCUUCUGCAUCAUGCUGCUCAUCGCUCUGUUCGAGCAUAAAAUCCAGCUGGAUCUGGGUUACUGAUGGGGAACUGUCCCGUUCCUCCUGAAGGCUCUGUCCGUGCUUUUGUUUACAUACUCCAGUCAUCAUAGUGUUUUAGUUUACUUAGUUGUAUCGUUUAGAUGAAAGGUAACGGCAUGCAGGAAGCUGUCUCAUGCUGCUGUUAAGAGAGAUCAGUUCAGAUGUUGCUGCUGGAGAUGAGGUCUGAAUUCGAGGCUUCAGGAGUCGUUCUUUCCUCCAGGUGGAGAUUAGAUCUCAGCACCAAGUCUGGGAGUUUGUUUUGAGUCAGUUUUUACUAUUAUCCGUUCCUUGUAGUAGUUCUAUCUUUCUUUUUUUGCAAGUUAGUUUAGUUUUUUUUUUACAUACAUGCAUAUCUGUUUUUUGUACAUUUUAAUGAAUACAAUCGGACCAGUGUUACAAAGGUACAACUUUCUAGACCGCAGUUCCUUCAAAUUCUGCUUUUCUGUAUAAAAUCCUUCAGAAAGCUUGUGGUGCAGCUGGUUAACAGUGAGUAAGGCCCUGAUUGGGCUCAAGGAUGCUGGUCAAACUGAGUUUAGGUUUAUAUACGAAGCUGUUUUGCAGCUCAGAAAAUGAUUUAAAUGAAACUUAAAGCGAUAGAAUUACCAACUCAGAUGAGCAACAGAAUAAACAUCCAGGGUUUACUUUAAGGCAGCAGGAGGUUCCUGCAAAAACUGACGGUUUUUUUAGAGUUCAAAUGUUUAUUUCCUCUUUAACAAGAGAUUUAAAUGGAACAUCGGGCCAAUUUUUACGCCUCCUUUUAAUCUCUGUUACUAGAAAUCAGUAAAAAUGUAAAGACAGUUUAAUUCUGCUGCUGCAUCCUAAAAUAUUCUUUUCAAGAGUAACAAAGAAAGAGUUGUGUUUAUUUAUUUCAUUCAUUAAUGUGUCGAAAAUGCUGAUAAAAGCCCCCCCCCCCCCAAAAAGCAUUUUAAGUUGAAUGUAAAAACUGAAGUCUUUCCUGAAUAGUUGAUGUUAUUCUUCCAGUUAAAACACAUAAAUCAUUAAGUCACUCUGAGUUCUACAUGUAGGAGAAUUUUGAUCUCAAAGCAGAAAGAAAAACCCAGACUUCAAUCACAAUCUAUUUAUCAAACCUUUGCCAUCCCAGAUAUGUUUAAUUUAUUUUCUUUGUUCUCAUUGGUUUAUUUUUGUGGUUAAAUUUAUUUCGGGUUUUUUUUUUUUGUUUGUUUGGUAUUUUUGUUUUGGUAAAAUGAAAUGCACAGACUUAAAUGUUUUCAGUCUUUAUUAUUAAAUUAUUUGUGUUUUGGAGGAAUGCAGACCAGAUAAGAAAAGUUCAGCCAUUUUGUUUCUAUGUUUUCAGACUGAUGAUGGCAGCUCUUUGAAAACGAAGGGUUUUCCUUGUAAUAUUUCCUGCUCUUCAGGAUAAAGAGCAGCUGAAGAAACAGAUUUUCACAGAUUUUACUUUGAUUGAUCCAAUUCUUAGGUCAAGGUUUCCUCACAGGUGGUUCAGCUGGACUCCACUGUGGUUCCAACAUGUACAGUAUUAAAUGGGGUGUAAAUACUUGGAUGUUAAGUUGGUAGAUGUAUUUGUGAUGUUUGCGUAAGUCUGCAUUAUGUUUCUUUUGACACAAACACAACCGGAGCUGGUACUGAAAUCUUUGAGAAGUGAUUAGAAGAUGUGGAAAACUUAAAAUAAUUAAAGUCCAUUAA